AUGCCGGUGCGGCGGGGGCACGUCGCCCCCCAGAACACCUUCCUGGACACCAUCAUCCGCAAGUUCGAGGGGCAGAGCCGCAAGUUCAUCAUUGCCAACGCCCGUGUGGAGAACUGCGCUGUGAUCUACUGCAACGACGGCUUCUGCCAGCUGUGCGGGUACUCGCGGGCGGAGGUGAUGCAGAAGCCAAGCACCUGCGACUUCCUCCACGGGCCCCGCACCCAGCGCGGUGCCGCAGCCCAGAUCGCCCAGGCGCUGCUGGGUGCCGAGGAGCGCAAGGUGGAGAUCUGCUUCUACCGCAAGGACGGCAGCUGCUUCCUCUGCCUGGUGGAUGUGGUGCCAGUGAAGAAUGAGGAUGGGGCUGUCAUCAUGUUCAUCCUGAACUUCGAGGUGGUGAUGGAGAAGGAGCGCCCAGGCUCACCUGACAAGGACACCAACCACUGGGUCACCCCUGCCAACUGGUUCCCUGCAGGGCGCAGCAAGUCUUUCCGUUUGAAGCUGCCGGCGCUGCUGGCGCUGGCGGGCAGCAAGCAGUCCCUGCCGCAGGAGCCACCCGAUGCCGUGGUGGUGGACUUCUCCAAGCAGAGCAGCGAGUCCAGCCCCGAGGAUGCCCCGUCCUCGCUGGAGCCCAGCUGUGCAGUGGGGAGCCAGCCUGAGGACCAGGCGGCGCUGAUGGGGGAUGGCCCCACGGCAGAGCCCCCCGUCACCCACUCCUCACCACGCACCGACCGCCUGGCCCUGCACACCGCCUUCUCCAACUGCAGCCUGGCGCAGCGCAGCCGCUCCCGGGAGAGCCUCCACAGCGUGCGCAGAGCCUCCUCCGUGGACGACAUCGAAGCUAUGAAGGGCGAGGGUGACAAGCGCUGCCACAACCGCCACGCCAGCACCGGUGCCAGCAUGCACCGCGGCUCCAGUACCGGGGCCAUGACCACGGUCCGGAGCGCCCUGCUGAACUCCACCUCGGACUCGGACCUGAUGCGCUACCGGGCCAUCAGCAAGAUCCCCCAGAUCACCCUCAACUUCGUGGACUUCAAGGCGGAUGCGUUCCUGGCCGCGCCGCCUGGCGAGAAGGAGAUCAUCGCCCCCACCAAGCUGAAGGACCGUACCCACAACGUCACUGAGAAGGUCACCCAGGUGCUGUCGCUGGGCGCUGACGUGCUCCCGGAGUACAAGCUGCAGGCUCCGCGUAUCCACAAAUGGACCAUCCUGCACUACAGCCCCUUCAAGGCAGUGUGGGACUGGCUGAUCCUGCUGCUGGUCAUCUACACAGCCAUCUUCACCCCCUACUCAGCCGCUUUCCUGCUCAACGACCAAGAGGAGGUCCAGCGCCACCACUGCGGCUAUUCCUGCAGCCCCCUCAAUGUGGUCGAUCUCAUCGUAGACAUCAUGUUCAUCAUCGACAUCCUCAUCAACUUCCGCACCACCUAUGUCAACUCCAACGAGGAGGUGGUCAGCCACCCUGCCAAGAUCGCCAUACACUACUUCAAGGGUUGGUUCCUCAUCGACAUGGUGGCUGCCAUCCCCUUCGACCUGCUCAUCUUUGGCUCUGGCUCUGAGGAGACCACCACCCUGAUCGGGCUGCUGAAGACAGCGAGGCUGCUGCGCCUGGUGCGGGUGGCCCGCAAGCUGGACCGGUACUCAGAGUAUGGUGCGGCAGUGCUCUUCCUCCUGAUGUGCACCUUCGCACUCAUCGCCCACUGGCUGGCCUGCAUCUGGUACGCCAUCGGCAACGUGGAGGGCCAGCGCAUCGGCUGGCUGCACUCGCUGGGCGACCAGAUCGGCAAGCCCCUCAACGCCAGCAACCCCCUCUACGGCCCCACCAUCAAGGACAAGUACGUCACUGCGCUGUACUUCACCUUCAGCAGCCUCACCAGCGUCGGCUUCGGCAACGUCUCCCCCAACACCAACUCCGAGAAGAUCUUCUCCAUCUGUGUCAUGCUCAUCGGCUCGCUGAUGUACGCCAGCAUCUUUGGGAACGUGUCAGCCAUCAUCCAGCGCCUGUACUCGGGCACCGCGCGCUACCACACACAGAUGCUGCGCGUCCGCGAGUUCAUCCGCUUCCACCAGAUCCCCAACCCGCUGCGCCAGCGCCUCGAGGAGUACUUCCAGCACGCCUGGUCCUACACCAAUGGGAUCGAUAUGAACGCGGUGCUGAAGGGCUUCCCCGAGUGCCUGCAGGCUGACAUCUGCCUGCACCUCAACCGCAGCCUGCUGCAGAACUGCAAACCCUUCAAGGGUGCCACCAAGGGCUGCCUGCGCGCCCUGGCCAUGAAGUUCAAGACCACGCACGCCCCACCAGGGGACACACUGGUGCACGCCGGAGACGUCCUCACCGCGCUCUACUUCAUCUCCCGCGGCUCCAUCGAGAUCCUGCGUGGGGACGUGGUGGUGGCCAUCCUGGGGAAGAAUGAUAUCUUCGGGGAGCCGCUGAACCUGUAUGCACGGCCCGGGAAGUCAAACGCAGACGUGCGGGCACUGACCUACUGUGACCUGCACAAGAUACACCGUGAGGACCUGCUGGAGGUGCUGGACAUGUACCCCGAGUUCUCCGACCACUUCUGGUCCAGCCUUGAGAUCACCUUCAACCUGCGCGAUACCAACAUGAUCCCUGGCUCCCCUGGCAGUGAGGAGCUGGAUGGUGGCUUCAACCGCCUGCGCAAGCGCAAGCUCUCCUUUCGCCGGCGCACGGACAAAGAUGCCACAGGUGCCGGGGAGCCACGGAGCGGACCGCAGGCGCUGCGGCCGGGACGGAGCUGCCAGGCUCCCGGGGCCCCACGUGGGCCGGCAGAGUGGGAGCCGUGGCACUGCGGGUCCGCCCCAAGCUCCCCGUCCAGCGACGAGGAGGAGCCCCCCGAGGCUGGGCCGGGGGCCGCUGCCCUGUCACCAUUCCACAGCACCCGGGCGGGCGGGCAGGACACGGUGCCCAGCGAAGCCGAGGAGCACAAGGGCAGCGACAUGUGCAACCCGCUCUCAGGAGCCUUCUCGGGGGUCUCCAACAUCUUCAGCUUCUGGGGGGAGAGCCGGGGCCGGCAGUACCAGGAGCUGCCGCGUUGCACCAUCCCAGCUCACGCUGCGCUCAGCAUCCCACUGCCAGCCAUGAGUCGCCGACAGCGCUCCGAGGUGGAGAUGCGCCUCGACCUGCUCCAGAAGCAGCUCAACAGGUUGGAGACCCGCAUGGCAGCAGACAUCAGCUCCAUCAUGCAGCUGCUGCAGCGUCAGGCUGUGCUGGUGCCGCCUGCAUACAGCACGGUCUCGUCCCCCCACCAGCACCCCGGCCCCCCGUGUCCGCUGCAGCCCGUCCUCCCCAUCACCCCCAUCCAGCCGCUUGCUCAGGUUCCCAGCUUCCCGGUGCCGCUGGAGCUGCCGCCGGACCCCCUCCACGAGCCGCCGCCGCCACCGGACGUGGUGCUGCUGGUGGAGCCGCCUCCCGCCCCGCCGCGCCGCCUCUCGCUGCCCGGGCAGCUGCCCGCCGCACCGGACACUCAGCCGCUGCACAGACACUGCUCCGACCCCGGCAGUUAAUGCGCAGGGACGGGGCCGGGACCCCCGGCGCGCCGGGACGCGGGAACCCCGUCCCCAGGACGCUGGCCGGGCCGGCGGGACCCAGGCCGCCGUCCCCCACGGACAAUCCUUCCCUUCUCCCUCCCUCCCGCCGCGGGAGCCCCUCGGCACCCCCGUUAGCUGGCCUAACCCGGGGGCCAGGCCCCCCCUGCCCCGCGGCUCGGCUGGCCGGACUGUCGGAUGCGUGCUGCUCUCCGCCUCCCCAUCCUCCUCCUGCUGCUCCUCCUCCUCCUCCUCCCGGUACUGCCGCAGCUCCUUCCCCAGCCAGACCCCCACGGCCAGAGGCAGCGCGGCGGUGGGGGGAGGUUGCACGGGGGUGCGCACGCGUGUGUGUGCGUGUGUCAUGCGUGUUUGCGUGUGCUGCGGGUCUGCCUGCCUGCACUCCCAUGUGUGUGCAUGUGCGUGUGUGUGUGUGCGUGCUCGUGUCCGGGGGGGGCUCAACGCACUGCUCCCGUGUGCCCUUACACACGUGUGUGUCUGUAUGUAUGUCUGCCCCAACCGUGCUUCCCGCCCGCCGUGGCACGCGUGUGCAUGCAUGUGCAUGUGCACACCGCGUGCGCUGAGCCGCAGCACGGGGCAGGGUUGCCGUGUCCCCCCUGUCUGUGUCCCGGCUGUGGUGACCCUGUAGCUGGGGGUGUCUGUGUGUGUGCCUGGGGUCCCCUCCUUGCACCACCCACCGGUGCCCCCAGGCCCCCCCGGCUGCUCCCCAGCACAACCGGUGGCACAGGGCAGGGGGUGCAGCCCCCCAGCAUCGCCCCAGCCCGCGGUGCCACCCCACGCACAGAGAAGGGGACGCCGCGGUGGGGAGGGGCUGCAGGCAGGGCCGGGGUUGGGGGGCUCCUGCCCACCCACCACCCAUCCACCUCCCCAGCUGUUCGCCCCAUAGCGUGUGCCGUGUUCGUGCCGUCGUCCCGUAGCCGGGCACUGCGUGUGCCCGCCCCGCUGUUUCACACCGCCCUGCAUGUUGCCUUCCGCAUUAGGUGCCCCCCCAAUAAACCGGACGGACACCCCG